CCCAAAACAAAAGGCCGAAACCAAUCUUACAAAGUGAAUCCAGAUAACAGAGCAGCCAUUCAUUUUGGAAUCUCAUCUCUCCCUCUUCUUCUCUCUCUCACACCCACACCCACAAACUCUCUAAAACCCACGCUUUCGCCUUCUCUCUUUAGCCACCCUUUUCUUCUCUUUCUCGGCCUCACUCUCUGACCCAACUAGUUUCUGAGCUCUCUCCGCAUAAUUUCCCAUCUGGGUUCCAAACUUAGUGGCGAAAUGGGCCUUGCAGCACCAACUUUGGCACAAAUUCUUGGUGGGUAUGGAGCUAUUUGAUUGAUACCAGGAUCGGGUGGAAAAGGGAGCUAAAGGAUUUGGUGCUGAAUCGGGAAGCUAGGGAGAGUAUAUACUUAUGGCGAUUCACAGUUUGACUGCAAUAAUUUCUGCUUCGAAUGGUCAAUGGAGGCUCGGAGGCUUGCCAUUCUCUGUUCGCAUCUCUGCCCGAUCAACUUGGGACAUAACCAAGCUCCUCUCUCACAUCUUUCCUCUUCAAACUGUGCUUCUGGAUCCAAGGGUGAGCAGCUAAUUCAUGAUUCUCAGAAGGGGAGUCUGCAAGAUGAUUGUGUUUUCUGCAGGAUUAUACGUGGCGAAUCGCCUGCUUUAAAGCUCUAUGAAGAUGAUAGUUGCCUUUGUAUAUUAGAUACAAGACCAUUGAGUAAUGGGCACUCUUUAAUUAUACCAAAAUCUCAUUACUCUUCGUUGGAAGCUACGCCUCCAUCUGUGAUAGCUGCAAUGUGUUCGAAAGUUCCCUUCAUUAGUAAUGCAAUCAUGAAGUCUACUGGUUGUGAUUCAUUCAAUUUGUUAGUAAACAAUGGUGUGGCUGCUGGUCAAGUUAUAUUCCAUACUCACAUUCACAUAAUUCCCCGCAAGGCAAGGGAUUGCUUAUGGGCAUCUGAGAGUUUGCAGAGAAAAAUUCUACAAUUCGAUGAGGAGGCUUCGGGGCUCGCGAAAAGCAUACAAGAAAAGUUACACGGCACCAAAGAGGAUGAUAGCAAGGUUCAAGAAUCAAAUCUCACUGGAAAUUAGUAAUGUAAUUAGUCUGCUGUACUGUAUUAUCUUGUACCAUAUUAAUGAAUUACAGUAUUCUUUUAAAGCACCAUACAAUUGAAAUAGUUAAUAAAAGAGGGAAAAGAAAGGUUUGCUUGUAGUUCUAUGA